UUUUGUAAAAAAUAAUAAAAACAAUAUUUUAAUCAUUGAAUUGACGGCUAAUUGAAAGACAUCUUCAGUGAAACGAUGGAAAACAAUGGCAACGCCGCAGACAUUGUCUCCGAAAGCGAUUCAAUGGACGACAACAACCAAAUGGACACAAAUAGCUCUCAAAAUGAAACUGCAGACGAGCCCGAAGUGUCUUUGGAUUUGGAAGCGCUAGAGAUUGAGUUGAAUCACUCGAAGAUUCAGUCGAUGGAUAUGUUGAGUGUAUUGACGAGAACCGAGUGUUUGGGUCUCAGAAAUAAUGUGAUUAAGAAGAUCGAGGGUUUGAACCAAUUGGUGACUCUUCGGGAACUCGAGUUAUAUGACAAUCAAAUCACUAAAAUCGAGAAUUUGGACGCUUUGGUCAACUUAGAAGUUCUUGAUCUGUCGUUCAAUCGGAUCCGCAAAAUCGAGAAUUUGGAGAAUUUAGUGAAUUUGAAAAAAUUGUUUUUAAUUAAUAACAAGAUCUCGAAAAUAGAGAAUGUGUCAGAACUGGUAAAUCUGGAACUCUUGGAGUUGGGAUCCAAUAGGAUUCGUGUGAUCGAGAACUUAGACAAUUUGGUUAAUCUGAAGAGUCUUUUCGUGGGAAAGAAUAAGAUAACAAAAUUGGAUAAUUUAUAUCCGUUGAAGAAUUUAGAGCUCUUAAGCAUUCAAAGCAACCGAAUCAUCAAAAUAGAGGGUUUGGAUCAGAACCACAACUUGGAUCAGCUCUAUAUCAGCAAUAAUGGCAUUUCAGUCAUCGAAGGUCUCGAGCAAAACAAAAAGCUUCAGACAUUGGAUAUAGCGGUGAAUCGGUUGAAGAAAUUGCAAAACAUUGAACAUUUGGCUCAAUUGGAAGAGUUGUGGUGUAAUGACAACGGCGUCGACGACUGGAAAGACUUGGAACUAUUGAAAGAGUUGCCAAACUUGCGGACCGUUUACUUUGAACGCAAUCCCAUCGCUAGUCACCAAAUGUACAGAAAGAAAAUUAUGUUAAUUUCGCCACAAAUCACACAAAUUGACGCAACGAUGUGUCGCUCGUAA